AUGCUCGACGCUCUCCCCUCUCUCCUCUAUCGCUGGAGAGAAAUCGGGGACUUGGUGUUCGCCCUGAUACUGCUAGUGGUCACUUCUUGCCUGUGGAUUCAUCGGCGGGGAUUUGAUUGGGGAUCCAUAAAUAAGGAUCCUCGUCAACCCGGAGCGGAGCAGUUCAGUGGAGGUGAUGGUAAAGCCGUUCGGACUCCGUCGAGCCAGCAUGCUUGUAAAAAAAAGGGGGUGGGUGAAGGAGAUCUUUCCCCCUCCCUUCGAGUCUCUAACCUCGUCGGAGAAAGGUUGGUUGACGUAUUUAGUGCGGUCCUCAUGUUCUGUGUGCGGAAUCAAAAUCGAUGGCGCGAGGAACGGGCUGAGAAUCGCUCAAAAUUGGCGGAUUAUCCGCCGCAGAAUAAAUUGCAAUCGGGGAAGAUGGAUCAUUUACAUCCCCCAUGCCGGAAUUGGGCUCGAGGUCGUGCCCGUGUCCGGCAAUUUGGCCCUGGUGCCAGUUUUUAA